CGAGUCGCAAAGGAACCGCACCUCAUCUCUUCUUUGAACAAGUCGCCGCGAUUUGAAUCCCGUCGAAAUUCUUUUGGGCCUGCGGUACCGUUGGCCGGUCCGUGCCAAUCAGCGAGACUCAUCGGGACCUCCGGCACCGCGCGUGUCAUCCAGCACGUAGGCAGACUUCUCAAAGUCGUCUCAAAGCGCCGAACUGUUCGUGAUUGUUCGUAGUUCUCCUUCGACGACGCGAUCACUCUUCUGACUGAGCAUUGCAUAGACGCGCCUUGCUCAGCUCACUGCACCAAGCGCGCCCUCUGUCUGCUGCUUCACCCCUCGUAGCCUCAAUUGUGUGCUCAAAAUUCCGGUCACCGCAGCUUUGACUGUCUCGAGCUUUUGAGUCAUCACGCUCAGCUGAAGUGAGACCCGGUAUUCGUCGCGCGCGACAUGGCGACUCAACAACAAGCCAACUGGCACGCGCAACAGCGCGGCAGCGGGCCCAACUCCGGUCCGCCAUCUUCUUUCAGAGGCUUUCCCACGGCAAAUGGCACCACUAGCACUGACAGCAACGGCUACGCCAAGCCGGCCGACAACUUUUCGCCUUCCCAGAGGAAUUCCACUGCUUUCCCAACUCAGCAGCAAAACAGUCAAAGCCCUUUGAUGCACAAUUUGCAACAAUCCCAGCAACAACACAACAGGCAAUCUCAGGCCAUCCCUCGCAACGGCAGCUUCAACAACAACAUGAACAGCGCAGGCGAGGCUGAGGUUGGAGCUUCGCCAAGACCUUCCACUAACAGUCAAGUCGGCAGACCAGAUGGCUCCCAGCAGGGUCAUGCACCGCCGACUCACCAGCGAACACUGUCCACAAUGUCGAUGAGACCCUUGACUGCCUAUCAGCCCAUGGAAUCACCAGACCCAUAUCAGCCCCCGGGAGCCGCUCGACCACCUUCUCCUACCGGCUCAACAGCGCGUUCCAUUCGCACCGCAGCUGCCCCUCUGACCUUCAGAUCGCCCGAGUUGCGAAGCGCCCUAUCUUUGCAAGAUGCCCAAUCAAAGAAGAUCUACAUGGAAGGCUAUCUCAGUCGUCGAGACGAUCUCAAUCCCGAUGGCAAGCCACUGCACAUCAAUGACGAGAAGAAGAGAUGGCAUUUGUGCUUCGUCCAGCUCGCUGGCACUGUUUUGAGCAUUUGGAGCGUACAAGCCAUGGAGCAGGCGGCUCGCGAGGGCAAAGAAGUGCCCCCUACGUACAUCAACAUCACAGAUUCUUUCGUGGACUACAUCGGAACUUUCUCAGAGUCUCCACAGGAUGUCGUCGCAUCUCGCGGACGCUACGAGAACGUCUUUGCUGUAAACGCCGCUGGCCAGAACCGCAUUCUGUUCGGAGUGGAGGGUAGCGUAGGCAGAAGACUCGUCCAGUCUUGGGUUAAUGGCAUCCGUUUGGCAAGCUGGGAGAAGGUCAGACUGGAGGAGAUUUACUCUGGAGCGCUCAUCCGAGCCCGUCUGGGCGCUGCUGCGACUGGCGACAUGAGCGCAGCUUCGAGUGGUCCUGGCGGCGCUCCGGGCAACAUGGAGAUGAACAUCAAGAGCCCUCUUUCAAAGGGAAAAAUGGAGGGCUGGGUCAAGGCUCGUUUCAUGGGAACGCGAGAGUGGAAGAAGUGCUGGCUGGUCCUCAACGAGUUGCCUGGAGGCGCCACUCCGCAGAGCCCCGCGCCGGAUGGUGCGGGAAUGGUCAAGAGCCCAUCGACGAGCAAAGGUUUGUGGGGCAAACUCAAAGCCGGCGAUCGCAGCAGUAUCAUGAGCAUAUCGUUGCCAUCUUCCUCCCCGAACGCGGCCAAUGCAGUGACCGACAUUGAGCCUCCUCCAGGAAGCAACGGAGCGCCUGGCAUUGCGGCUUUCUACGAGACCAAGAAAUCCAAGGUGGCCUUCGCUACUGUACAAUACGCCAGACACGCUUUUGCUGUCUAUCCAAGUCGCCCAGAGCUCGUCGAAGGCAGCAGUCUGUUCAAGGUCGAAGGCGCUUUCCCCUUUUCGACCACCACCAGCGCCACAGGCAAAAUCCGUCAGACUGGCUGGGUCAUGGUCAUGCCCGAGCUUUCCGAGAGCAUCGGAUCAAAAGGCGCAAAUGCAGAGAUGAUGAAGUGGCUCAUAGCGUUCAUGGAUGUUUUUAAGCUCUACGGACGGCCAGCUGCCUUUGAGUGGGAUGCGCGCAACCCGCUCAGCCCCUUUUUCGCAUAUCCCAUUGGACCCUUCAAGGAUCGUCUGUUCUUAGAUCGCGAGCUGGCAGAUUUCUUGGACAUCCGGGAGGAGCGACAUUUGGCCAAUAGGCACAAUCUGCACGGCAUCAUGGCUGCUCGCAUGCGAGGCGAAAGAACGCCAGUGCUACCGCCCUUGCCGCAACCCAACUCUGCGAGUGUACGCAGUCUCGAUGGUGCCAAGGGCAAAGUGGGCGACAAGGAUACUGUGGGAGUGCACAGUCAAGCUCGUGGGCCAAAUGGCGAGCUGCUUGCACAGCAAGAGCAGCCUGGCACUCUCGAAAACGAGCAGCAAGCUCGAGCACAGGGCUCAGCACCUGCCCUGCCAAGCUUCUCGUCCGGGCUGCCUCCCCUCGACUUUGGGGAGUCAAAUGCGCAAGCCGAGGCAGCGGGCGCAAACGGGGGCCUCGACUCAAUCACGGAGCGCAGUCGCGAGGCGAGCGCCAUGUCGAGCGUCGGUACGUUGAACCAGCCGGUACAGCCAGCAGCCGGCCAAGAUGCUUCCGGUGGAGCACCUCCACCACCUCCCAAAAUCCAAACAGCCUCAGCUGCAGAGAUCGCUCCUAGCAGCAAUGCUGGCUUCACGCCCAUCUCUCCAGCGGGCGCAGCCGUGGCGUCUGGACUCGCGCAGAGGCAAGGCCGAGGAGGCAGCAGUGGGGGAUCUAGCACCAUCGCCAACUCGUUUGGUGCCCCUGCACAAGCCUUUGCCGCGCCCAGUGCGAAUGUGGCGCCACAGCAAGCAGCGAGCCCGCCGCCUGCCUCUAUCCGCUCCAAUGUGGCGAAUGCUGCAGCGCACCCUCUGCCGAUGUCGCCACCCGCCGGGACCAGGGCAGUAGCUCCACACGACGAUGGCGCUAGCAUACGCUCUUCUCAGCCGUCGAGGUACGGAGCUGCCCAGGCGAGCACCUCUCCUGAGCACGUGUCCGCCAAUCUUCCGGCGACAUCCCAGUCUGCAGGUGCGCAGCAGCAAGGCCCGCGCGUGCUCGAAGCAUCAGGAAGAGGCGCGGAAGCGGACAACAGCCUUCAAGCGAAGCACACCUCGAUCCGCCAGAAUUCUGACACGGGAGACUUUGACGAGGGGGCCUUAUUCUACAUGAGAGCCAUGAGCGAUCAGCUUCCGGCCGGCACCCCAAGCACUUCGAGUGUACCUGGACACACUGCCAACGUGGCUGCUCUAGCAGCGCAGCAGCAUGCUCAGCGUCACCAGGCUGCCGUCGUUUCGAACAGCACUGGUGCCGCCGCGGGUGUAUACGAUGCUGCGGAUCCUCUCGCGACCGGCACGGCCCCCUCGAGCAUCUCGCAUCAAUCUGAGCCAUACGUUCACAACGCGCAGCCGCAGCCGCAGAGCUUGGCAGCGGCUGCGCCUCAAGCUGAGCGCAAGCCAUCUCUCCGCGCCAACAAUGCCGACGAUUAUGGUGAGGACGCUCUAGCCGCCUAUUCCUUCCUCGACAAGCCUCCCUCGCCCGCAUUGAGGCAGGCAUCCCUGUCUGAAACACCGAGCGUUGUACCAGUCUCCAAUAAUGCGGCCGUAACGAACACGGUGCCUGCUGCCGCCCUUGCCCCUGCUGCUCCGACCGCGGCGUACCCUUCCACCUUUGGCUCCAACAAGAAAGCUAUGGAGCGCAAGACUGCAGCCCAACUUCAGGCUCAGGCUCACCAAGAAGCUAUGAACAAGCCAGGCCGUCCAGGCGCAAAGAAAAAGAGCAUGGCCAAAGGACCUAGAGCUCACGCCUGGGGCGAAGAGUCUAGUGAGGAGGAAGAGGAAGAGGAGGAGGAGGAAGAGGAGGAGGAGGAGGAAGCGCGCCCUGCUUUGCGUAGCCGGCAAGCCUCGGCGAAUGGCGCUGCGGUCGGAGGAGGUGCUCUCACGCCUAGGGCUGGCAAUGCGUCGCUGCAGCACACGCCUGCUGGAUCCUCAGGCACCCCAAGCGCGUACAGUGGCAGCGUGCCAGACCCAAUGCAGCGAGGCUACUUCGAACAGCAGCAGCAGCAGAUGGCUGCGCAAGGCAUUGCGCCGCCCUCGGGAGCUGGCAUGUCACUGUAUGGAGCACCCAGUCCGGCCUUCGCGUCGGACGCUAGAUCACGUUCCGCAUCGCCGGGCGCUGCUCAGCAGCGCAACAUGCGUGCUGGUGGCCCUUCCGGCCUGAUUCAAGCUGCCGCCUCUGCUCAGCGCCAAUCUGUGUUCAACUCUCACCUGGCCCACAACGACGGCAAUGCCACUCCGAUGGGCGGCAGCUAUUCUGGGGACCAGCCCGGAAGCGCAAAUGCUGUCAGGCAGACCUUUGUCUCGCUUGCACCUGAAGAGCAGCCUGGUGCCAUGACGGCAGUGUUCCAACCACACGGCUUGGUGCAAGCAGGAGCGCAAGACAAGGCGGAACGCAGUGCGAAGCAGCAAGAGCACGAAGCGCGCAUGGCAGGGGCUGCUAUGGUCAACGUGCCCAACAAGCCGCCACCUCCUCAAGCUGGCCUCCUUGGCGCCAUCACCGCGCACGAGAGGGAAAGGAAGAAGGACGGCGGUUAUGGUGCUACGCUGACGGAGAGAGAAAGAGACAGAGUCGCUGCAGAGCGCCGGCAGCGUGAAGAAGAUGCUAUGAGGCAACAGCAGCAGCAGAUGAUGGGGAUGAUGGGUGGCGGUCAGUGGCCUGGAAUGGGCGGCGGCAUGCCUCAGAUGAAUCCGUACAUGUGGCAGCAGGUGAGAGCGCGGGCGGGGACAGAGGACGGCGUGUGGAAUGUGGGGCUGACGCUUCGUUUGUGUACCCACGAUAGAUGCAGAUGAUGGGGAUGAUGCCUCCCAUGAUGGGCGGCUUUGGCGGCGGUUCUCAAAUUGGCGUACCCCAGGGCGCUGGUCAGGAUCAAUUCCAGAUG